AUGGACUACCGACGACUACAAUAUUCGUACCCGCCACGGCCCUCGCCUUUAGGGGCCUCACAAGAACCUCACAAUCCACAGUUUGCGCCUUUUAUCGAGUCUCGUCAAGAGACUGACAAGCCUCGCCCAUACCCCUCUCCCUCUUCAAACACCACGCCCUCUCCGUCACAACUGUACCAGUCAACCACUUCACGGACGUCGAAUACUUCUCGUGGAGAUACUUCCAGCGCAUACUUUCCGAGGAAUGGCCCAACACAAGCACACCGUCGACAUGGGAGUCUCGAGACGAGGAAUGAUGAACAAACACAUCGCAGGAAUAAUUCGCAACCUCAGGCUGUUCGAUAUCGGGAAGGGCUCUUAGGUGUUUCCGUUAUGAAUCAUACGCCAUCACAACACGAAACUGCGCGUCGUACUUCCCAGGGCAGCAGUGGUAGUCCUGGAUUUCCUGGUGAGCACCCGACUUGGUCCCGAAAGCGCCGUGCAACCGUCCUUGUCGCGAUACAUGGAUCUCGUUCCUCAUCCGAUCGGGACAUGCGUGGUCCGAACGAACAGUCCGCGCUACCCGCGUUUGGAAAUCGCCAAAUGCCACCCCCAUCUCCUCCACACACAUAUUCCUCGCGAACACAACCAACCCACACGCCUGGGGGAUCUUUGAUGUCGCGCGAUAUACCUGGCGGUCAGGCGCACCGACCGGGGAGUAGCAUGUCAAUUUCCGCUAUGUUAGGUUCGGACGGGGAUCGGGCUGCGCGAGAACCUACACGAGAAUCUGCGCCGUUCUUUUCACGACCACUUGCAUCGUCGAUAUUUGGAAAUGCACCUCCAUCAUCAUCUUCCGCCGCCAUGUCCCCACCCACUGCCCCGGCAAGACCCUCACCACUCGAUAACUCCUUCCGUCGUUCUCACACACCGGAGAAGCCAUUCUCCAAGCCUCCAGGGCCCCGCACAUACCGGUCUGGUUCCGGUGGAGGUUCGAGUCAGGGUGGAGAGCAGUCGGUGUUCGGGGGCUUGACGCGCUCGUCACUCUCACAGUAUCCUGAGAAGCCACACUCGACGCACCCUUCGCCUCGAAUCUCCACGGCAGAGCUACCGUACACCGAACCUCGUCGCAUGAGUCUCAACGGUCCGAUCACUCGGCCCAGUAGUCAGCCGCCCCAUGCUGACGCACCCACACGACCCCCGGAUACACCCGGCGGGGCCACGGAUCGCCCUUUCGAGUCCGGCCCUCGGCCUACAUCUGGGUCAUACGGAAGUCAUGAUCCACAGCAUGGUCGGUUUGCAAACAUAUUUGACGAGCGGCGCCCGGAGGAUGCUGCACAGCGGGAGCGAGACCGAGCUCCAAUCCACGGAUCAGAUGCCAAGUUGAACCAGCCUGGACCAUAUCGGUAUGGCUCCCACUAUGGUGAACGCGACCCGCUCGAUCGGCACCAGAGCAGCUCUACAUGGGACCACGGUCGCUCUCACCCUCCAUCCCCGGAAAGUAAGCGCUUCCCGGCGCCGGAGCACGGGUCGGGUUUCGGGUUUGGGGCCAUUCAGAGCUACACUAAAUCACUAGGGUCACAACCGGGUGGGAAUAGACAACCUCAGAUCUCGCUUCAGUCUCGGAACAGUCAACCCACUCCUCCUCCGCCCCAUGAUCCAUAUCCCAGACACCAAGGACAGCCUUCACGGAUAGGAUCAACCCCUGUCAUCACCGCAUCGACAGCUGCCGCGUCAUCGGGUCUGGCAGCCUUGGCUGAUGAGGGACGUCGCAAAGGAAGCGAUGAGCUGCUCCAUCAUCGCAGUCUGCUGACCGUUGGUGUCGAUGGGAAACGCGGUGGCCGUGCGUCGCCUCUUCCCCAAGCCGUACAAGGCGCCCAAGCUCCAUACAUUGGUCCUGCGGGUGAGCCAGCCAUCAAAAAUGAACUGGGGCGAGUCUUCUCCGGUAUUGGCAGCGGUGUCGGUGGUGUCACCGCGGCUACCGGUGGCAGCGGACCAUCGACACCGUUGGGAACUAGUCCUUUCAAGCGCGAUAGCCUCACAGGUCGCUCGAUGAACGGAGAAGGGAUGGAUGAGGCGUCCAAGCUUGCCCGACCAUCUUCUGCAGCCGGCAGACGGCCGAGAAAGUCGCGCGACGAGGAGCAGAUGGAAAUUGAGUCCAAUGACGCCCGAGGCUUACUAUCAGCACGUAACGCCCGUCGCUCUCGGCAUGCCCACCACCAUCACCAUCACCACCACCACCAUCGCCAUAAGGUAGACGAAGAGGCGGCUACCCUGAGCUCCCUUCAACGUCCCACCUUCUUCCAUCGAACAUCCCCGGCGGAGCCUCCUGCUGCACACCAUCACCACCAACAUCACCAUCAUCAUCAUCACCAUGCUCCUCGACCAGCCACCAUUCCCGCUGCAUCUCCUAUCCGCGAGCCUCUGUGGCCCAUCUUCCUCGGCACCACCUUGGCUCUACGCUCUACACACCUCGCAUCAGUUCCCCCACUGCCAAGUCCUCUUUGGACAGCUCCAAAUUUGGAUAUACAACAACCCCCCCAGCCCCUCCCCCGCUUCGAACAGCGGGAGAAUUGCACAUUUACCGUCCGAGUGCCCCGUUUCCGAAUCGACCAAUCUCACCGGGAGGAAAUUUGCGCCCGGCGGGCCCUCUGGGGCACUGGUGUUUAUACAGACGACUCCGACCCUGUCGCCGCUGCCAUCCACUCCGGCUUCAUUCGUGGUGCGUGGGGUGACGACGUGGACGAGUCAAUGCUCGAUCUCGAGAUUAAAGAUACUUACCAGCAUGCACCGCCACCCGAAGCCACUGAUGGCGACAACCCGACUAAAGGCCCACGCCUACCACCGAUCCCCCCACCGACAAGGACUUGCACAUCACCCUGCUCGUUCUUCCCCGCCACUCUCAUGUUCGGGCUGAAGUCCCGCAAAUGGGCCGGUCACCACGACGGCAUGAGCUUCAAGGUCCAUGCCGUGGACUGGGUGGACGAGGGCGUUGCCCGUGGUGAAGAGCGCAGCGGCGAGGCCCGUCGGAAACGUCUCCGUACGCUUAUGCAGACCGGUCGCAUCUGCACGGGACCUGCCAUGGCUAAAAUGGACGAACUCCGUCGCAACGGGGUGCAGGUACCUCGACCUAUCGAUGGCCAGGAUCAACCGGCCGCUGUGCAGCCAGUCUCCUGA